ACUUGUAUGUUUAUAUCUUUAUUAUAUUCCAUAAUUAGUGAUAUUAUUGUUAUAGCUAAUGCACUGUGUCCUAGUCAUGUAAAAUAAAUAUUCUGUUUUAUUUUUUAAACUAUAUUAUUUUUAUUCCUGUGCUUAAGUUUGAUUUAUAAAUAAAAUAUUUUGUCAUUUCAGUGUUGCCAAUAUGUGGUGAAUCCCUAGACUUCGGAGGAGUUAUUUUUCUGGAUCUAAAACUUACAGCAAAUAUUAUUUAUUCUUCUCCAUUCUAAGGUUGCCUGGAAGAGAUCGUUAUUUAGCGAUAAGACUGUCCAUUGUUGCCUCUUUAUCUUGGUUUUAUGUAAUGAAGUUUAUGUAAUUAAACAUUCAUUUUGUUUGUAUACAUAUUAUUAAUCUUUAUAUGUGUAUAAUUUUUUGAAGGAGUUAUUAAAAAGUUUUCAUACAUGCGUUUAUACUUUAAUAAAUGUAAAAAAAAUUAAGUAGUAAAAAUAAUCAAACGUAAUUUCUAUUUUUUUGUUAGGGCUCUCUUAGUUUUUAUAAGAGGGUUUAUAUUUAAUUUAGGAACUUAAUAAAUUUAAUUUGUAUCACUGAAAAACAAUAAUUUUUUUCACCAAACUUAAAUAGUAUUUUGGUAUUCAAUAGCGUCAUAAUUUUUACCGAAUUGUUUAAUUUGCGAUUAAGGCUAUAUAUUCAUAAUUAUCAAGUUAAUCAUCAAUUUAUUUAAAUGGUUACAAUUAAAUAAUUAUAUAAAAUAAAGUAAAUGUUAUUCGUAAUGGUGAGAAAGGGCCAAAGUUAUUGACUCUGUAAAACCGGAGUCAUAUUACUGGCAACACACAUUAAAAAAACAUAAAUUUAAAAAUUGUUUAUCGCCUAUCCGUUGCUUAACUCAUGUUUUUGUUUAUGUUUCUUAUUAUUUAGUUCCAUGUUUUGUUGACGGAGUAUCAAAAUAAAUCAUGUCCUUACAAGUGAAUGAUAAGAAAAAGGCUUUGCAACUUCAGAAAGAGAAGUUGCUCGCUGAAAUCCGAUAUUACGAGAAGAGAAUUGAAGAAUUUCCUAACUGUUUAAACCGAAGUUUCACUCUAGAUGAUUGCAGCUCCGACUCCGAAGAGGAGUUUCCUAUCAGAAUAGAGCACAGCCGGUCUGUUUCCGAGCUCAAGGUGGAACAGUCUGUGCUGAAGACCCGGCUGCAGGCCACACAGGAGCUGACCAACCUGGAGGUGCUGCAGUCAGAGGUGAAAGUGCUGGUUGGAGAACCUGAAUUCACUGGCGAGCCCCCAGUGACAGAGGAGGGCGUCUGGCUAGAAGUGACGGCGGAGUGCCGCGUCGACCUGGUGCCGUUCUCCAUUAUUUUCUGCGUGCAUAAACCUAGUCGAAAGUUUGGCGCGUUCUCGUACCGGAAACUCCGUGUGGCGGUGGUGAAGGCGGCACACGAGACGGAGCUGGCUGCUUCCGUGCUGGGGACCGUCAGACAGCCCAGCGAUGCCGUCGAGGUGCUCAAAAGCUACGCAGUGGCGCAUCGCUCCAGACGGACGACCCUCGCGCGGCUCGCAGAGAAAUACGGGAACUCUUUGUUCAUGGAGCCUAUGGCCGAGGGUGGGUACCUGUUGAAGUGCGCCGACCUGCUGGAGAUGUCGUGGACCCUGCAGAACAAGUCGCGCGUCGCACCCUUCCAGCACCGGAUGAAGUUUGAACUUGAAUACAUGGCGGAGUCAUACAUAAAAGCAAUAUCACAAGUCCACAAACAGCUGUCCGAUCCGACGAUCACUACAGACGAACGCACAUUACUGUUGGCGAAAAUAAUCAACAUCGUCCUCGAGGCGAAAGGUCCAACGCAAGAGCUCUACGAAAGCAUGGAAUCGGACCCCGAGACCGCCAGCAGCCUUCGGAGGCGCCGCACUACAUUAGACGAACCGGAUCCGGCAAUUGAGUAUCCGGUGGUGAAAAAGAAAAAAGAUAAUGAAGUUAUGGCCCCACCUAAAUCUCUGCCUAAAAAAGUUAAAAGAAAUAAAAAUAAAACAAAUGAAAGUAAUAUUGAAAGUGAUAACACUAAAACAAUAACUGCUGAUGUAGGAGAGAAAACUCAAAACGAUGAAGGCGUGGAAUCGGUUCAUAAUGAUGUUUCGGAGGGUUCAUUAAAAAGUACAGAAAAUACUAAACUCAAGGAAAACGAUAAUGUCAUAAAAACAAAUAAAAAAUCAAAUAGUAAUGAUAAUCAUAAAUCUAAAAGUAGAGAAAAUAAAGAAUCAAAAGAUAAAGAAAAUAAAGUUGUUAAAGCAAAAUCAGUUAAAAUGUCGAAAAAACUAGAUCACCCAAAAGGUGAUAAUAUUGUUGAUAAUGAAGAUAUUACCGAAACUAAUAGUAGUCAUGCAGGAAAUAAAAAUAGCAAACAUAUUUCUAAAUCUGGGAAAAAUACAGACAAUCCAAAAGAGAAAGGAGAUAGAGUUGUUGAUAAAGUCAAUACUAAAACUAAAACCAACGAUGAACAUGCAAUUGGGAAAGCUAAUACAAAAAACAAAAAAGUCGACGUUGCAGCACAAAAAGGGGAAAAUGCAGACGACCAUAAAGAUAAUGUAGACAGUAAUCCAACAAAUGAAAAAAACACUAAUAAAGAUGGGAAAACAGUUAAAAAAACUGUUAAAAGAGUGAAUAGCGACAAUCAAGUACAGAAUGCUAAAAAAAUUAAAACUAAUAAUUUGGUUGAUAGAAAGAAUCAAGAUAAAGGAGACAAUUCGAAUACAAAAACAGUGGCUAAAGGCGUAGAGAACAAUAAAAAAGAUAUCCCUGGAACCACUAAUAAAGGGACUCAUAUAGAAAAUAAAAAACUAGAAGGCAAUAAGGAUGCACAAAUAAACGAAGCAAGCGACAAUAACAAAAUCGUGUCCAAUGCAGCAAACGAAAAACGUACACAGAAAAUUGUUGAAAAAAAUCAAACUGUUAAAUCGAAAAGUAACAAUGCAGAUACGAAACAGAAUAAAACAUUUAAAAAUAAAAAUAAUAAUGAUAUUAAUAAGCAAAUUUUAAAUAAAAUCACAAAAAAUAAUCAGGAGAAUGAAAAAAACAUAACAAACACAGUCGAUAAGAAUGUUAGAAAAGUUAUGAAUCAAAACAAACCCAUAUUUGGUAAUAAAUUAUUGAGUAACAUAGGUAAUGGAAUGACUAAAACUAGUUCUAAGAUACCACAAAGAGCAUCAGCGCAGGGGUUUUUGAAGAAGAACCAUCUACGAAUCAGUCCAAGGAUAACACCGUCUAAAUUCAAAACGGGCUCAGUACAGAAGUCAAAUGGCAGAAUUGCUCCUCAAAUACCCAUCACGAGUAUACCAAGGCUACUGAAAAAACCGGUGACGAAAAUUUAGAACGAGAUCUUGCAUUUUGUAUUUUUGUUCAUAAAAUAAAUAUUAUAAAUUCAAA